CGCUAUUCCGGGUUGAAAGCUAGAGAAGCCGGCUGUCGGGCAGACAUCUCAUCAGGCCGCUAGGCCAAGCGAACAAGUUUAUUUUAAUUAUAAUCUAACGUUUUGCGAGGUACGAUGGCACAUUGAAAUGGCGCAGAAAGACACGCUGUUACAUCUCUUCGCAGGGGGAUGUGGUGGAACCGUAGGUGCCAUCAUGACUUGCCCCCUGGAGGUGUUAAAGACUAGACUGCAGUCGUCGGGCCUUACCCUCAGACCAGUUUUCCAGGUCCAGCUGGGCACAGUUAAUGGUGCUGGCUUCAUUCGACCGGGAGCCGUUACUCCUGGCCUGCUGCAGGUUUUCAGGUCAAUUCUUGAAAAAGAAGGACCAAGAUCUCUCUUCAGAGGAUUGGGUCCAAAUCUUGUUGGUGUUGCACCCUCAAGGGCAAUCUAUUUCGCAGCCUAUUCAAAGUCAAAAGAGACUUUCAAUGGCAUUUUUGUGCCAAACAGUGGAGUGGUCCAUAUGUCCUCAGCUGGCUUUGCAGCUUUCUUGACAAACUCCCUGAUGAAUCCCAUCUGGAUGGUCAAAACAAGAAUGCAGCUUGAAAAGAAGGCACGAGGGGAAAAGAAAAUGAAUGCAUUACAGUGCGCGCGCUACGUGUACAGAACAGAAGGUAUGCGAGGUUUUUACCGGGGCCUGACCGCAUCGUACGCUGGCAUCUCUGAGACUAUGAUCUGCUUCCUUAUUUAUGAGACACUGAAAAAGUACCAAGCACAGAGUCGAUUUACAACGCCCACAACUGACACAGAGAAGGGGGCUUCAGAUUUCCUGGGCCUCAUGGCUGCUGCUGCAUUCGCCAAGGGCUGCGCCUCCUGCAUAGCUUAUCCACAUGAGGUCAUUCGGACAAGACUACGAGAAGAGGGAAGCAAAUACAAGUACUUCUUUCAGACAGCGCGCCUUGUUGCGGUUGAGGAGGGCUAUGCGGCUUUUUACAGAGGACUCAUUCCACAGCUCAUCAGACAGAUCCCCAACACAGCCAUAGUGCUUUCCACCUACGAGCUCAUUGUCCAUCUGCUGGGUGAACCCUCUAAAUGAAGCUCCACAUAACAGGAACACCUAGAACCUUUGACCUGCAGCUAAAGAGUGGACUGAAUAUAAUCAUGUGGUUACAGGAAUGUUCUUGUGUUGAAGUAUGAUUGAAAUAAUAUCCAAAGACUUUUAAAGGCUUAUUUUUUUAUUUAAGUUGAAUGCACAUGUUAUCAGGAACAUUUUGCUUGUUUGUGUUAUGUAAAUGGCACAUAUGGGAUAGGUACUCCAGGAGUUUAUGUACACUGUCAUUGUACAAGGAAAAAGGUCAUCUAAAUAUACAAAUAGUGCUUUUAAGUUAACUAAAUUAUUCUUAAUAUAGUAGCAGCUUUUUGUUGCAGUCAUUAAAUUCUUUGGGUCUACUAUACAGGUAUUGUCCAAUGGUUAUAUAGUUAAUCUUUAGUGGAUCCUAGUUUAAUGUUCUUGGAAUGGAAAUGACACUGAAAUGAAGUUGUAGAAUACCUCAUUAGGAGCUGACGAACUCAUGUUGCAUUUUGUAACAUUUUAGUUGCAUUCUGGAGGCUGACCAAUUAAUUCUGAUCUCUUUAAUAGAGGUUUCAUCUGUUUACUGUUUCUUUUCUGUGAUCUAUGAAACUUUUACAGAAAGGAGGGCCGUGAUGCAUAUGCAGCUGUUGUUUAAAUAAAAUAAAUAAUGAAAAGUAAA